AUGGAAAUACAAAACCAAUCCAGAGUUAGGGAUUUCAUUCUUCUGGGCUUUCCCACAUCUAUGGAAUUCCAGAUCUUGCUUUUUGUGGUGUUCCUCAUUGUCUACAUUUUGGUAUUGACUGAGAACAUCAUAAUAAUGGUUACUGUCUGGAUGAAUUUCAACCUCCACAAGCCCAUGUACUUCUUCCUGUGCAACUUGUCCUUCCUAGAGGUCUGGUAUAUCACCGUCACCCUGCCUAAGACUAUGGCCAACUUCCUGAUAGAGAACAAGCGCAUCUCUUUUGUGGGUUGCAUGAUGCAACUGUAUUUUUUCCUGGCAUUAGGCUGCACUGAGUGUGUGCUCCUUGCUGUCAUGGCCUAUGACCGCUAUGUUGCCAUAUGCUUCCCUCUGCGCUACCCAGUGAUCAUGAGAGGCACUCUCUGUGUCAAGCUGGCAGCCACAUCCUGGAUUAGCGGCUUCUUCAUCUCCAUGUGGAAGGUGCUCCUGAUAUCACAGCUGACUUACUGUGGCCCCAAUGUCAUUAACCACUUUUUCUGUGAUGUAUCCCCUCUUCUGAAUUUGUCGUGCACUGACAUGUCCCUGUCUGAGCUGACAGAUUUCAUCUUAGCUUUGUUUAUCCUCCUGACUCCCCUCUGUGUCACUAUCCUAUCCUACAUUUACAUCAUCUCCACCAUCUUGCGCAUCCCUUCUGCCAAGGGUCAGCAGAAAGCCUUCUCCACCUGUGCUUCUCAUCUCACAGUUGUUGUUAUCUUCUAUGCUGCCAGCAUUUUCAUCUAUGCCCGCCCCAAGGCCAUCUCUUCCCUCAAUUCCAGCAAACUGGUCUCAGUUCUUUAUGCUGUAGUAGUCCCUCUUUGCAACCCAAUUAUUUACUGUCUCAGGAAUCAGGAGGUUAAAGAAGGUCUGAAGAAAACUCUGCUCAGGAAACCAGGGCUCUUGACCCAAAAUAUUGCCAAUGGAAUCGGGCAAAAAUGA